AGUGGGUGUAUAGGUUAUAAAAGCCAUGCUAUGAGGCGGCCGUACAAAUCCUCCCGCCAAACCCAACAGAACUCCAUUUGUUUCAAAACCCAACCCCCAAAACUAAAACCUGAAAAGAAAAAGAAACCAACGAUCUAUGUCCCCCUUUUGAAUGCUCCUCAUAAACUCCAAACAUCAAUGGCCAACUCCUCGCUCCCUUCGACAAUCUCUCCAACUCCUCGCCCAAAUCCUCACCACCGGCUCCCUCCACUCGCCUCCCUCAUCAACCCACCUCCUCAAAUCCCUCUCCGACCCCGAAGCCGGGUCCCUCUCCCUCUCCCUAACCCUCUUCUCCCAAAUCCCAUCCCCAUCAACCUUCCACUAUAACACCCUAAUUCUAGCCUUCUCUCGAUCCCACCGCCCUCUCGAUUCCAUCCUCUCCUUUCGCCAAAUGCAUCGCGAGUCGGUCCCCUUCGAUCCCUACACCUUUCGGUUCUUGUUCAAGUCCUGUGGCCGAUUGGGUUCGAUUCUCGAAGGCCGGUUAGCUCAUUGUCUGUUUGUGAAGUUGUUUUCGGAUUUGGGCUCUUGGGUUUUGAACGCUCUGAUACAAAUGUACAUUGAGUUCGGGCUUUUGGGUGACGCUAGAAGGGUGUUUGUUGGAAUUGAGGUGAAGGAUGUGGUUUCUUGGACAACUAUGAUGGGGGGAUUGGUGAAAUGCGGUAUGCUGGAGGAGGCCAAGAAGCUGUUUGAUGAAAUGCCAGAGAGAAAUGUGGUUUCCUGGACUAGUAUGAUUGGUGGUUUUUCGAAGGCCCGCCGAGCUUCUGAGUCCAUCGAGCUUUUCAAGAGGAUGUUGGCUGACGGCAUCGUGCCGGAUUCUGCAGCAAUGGUUUCGGCGCUCUCUGCCUGUACCCAGUUGCGGGACUUGGAAUAUGGCAAGUGGGUUCAUCGGUUAAUUGAUCAAGAGAGGAUUUUGGUGAAUGAUAACCUUGCAGCUGCUUUGGUCGAUAUGUAUGCAAAGUGUGGGGACAUUGAAGGGGCUCACCAGUAUUUCCAUUUGAUGGGUAGAAAGAUAUUGCCUGCGUGGAAUGCUUUAAUCGAUGGAUAUUGCAAGAUUGGAAAUAUCGAUGCAGCUAGGUCUCUCUUUAAUCAAAUGGGGAAUCGUGAUAUUAUCAGUUACAACUCGAUGAUGACUGGUUACAUACAUAGUAGUCGGCUAAAUGAGGCGUUACUCCUAUUCACAGAGCUAAGAGCUUCGCAUCUUUGCCCUGAUAAAUUCACUAUCGUGGGCUUGCUCACAGCUUGCGCGAGCUCAGGCUCACUAAUCCUAGGCAGAGCAAUGCAUGCUUACGUAGAAUCAUGCUCGAUUGAGCCUGACAUCUUCAUUGGCACUGCUUUAGUUGACAUGUACUCAAAAUGUGGGAAGAUGGAUCAGGCUAAGCUCGUCUUUGAUAGAAUGAGUCGAAGAGAUGUGCUCACUUGGACGGCAAUAAUCACUGGCUUCGCAAUGAAUGGAAUGGGAAAGAUCGCACUGGAACACUUCAAUAAAAUGAUUGAAGAAGGAAUACGACCCAAUGCAGUUGCCUAUAUUGGUGUCUUGAAUGCUUGCAGCCACUCUGGCUUAAUAGAAGAAGGGCGGAAAUAUUUUAAGGAGAUGAGAGAUUCUCACAAUAUAGACCCUGAAAUCGAGCAUUACGGGUGCAUGGUUGACCUUUUCGGGCGCUGCGGACAACUAGACGAGGCUGAACAGAUUAUAAAGGAAAUGCCGAUGAAGCCAAAUGCAGUCAUAUGGGGUUCUUUGCUAAAUUCUUGCAGGGUUCACAAGAAUACAGACUUAGCUAAGGCAGUAGCCAAGCGAGUUCUCCAGUUGGAACCUGAUCUUGAUGCCGGAUAUGUACAAUUAUACAACAUAUAUAUGGACUCUGGUAGGAAAAUUGAUGCAUCCAGAAUACGAAGAUUAAUGGAAGAGAGGGGAAUUCGAAAGAUCGCAGGGUUCAGUUCUAUUGCAGUAGGGGGCAAAGUCUAUAAAUUCAUUGCGGGAAAUCGAACACAUCCAGAGAGUGCAGAAAUCGAGGAGAUGAUGCGAGAAAUUACUAGGAGACUGAAGGAAGCAGGUUAUUCCCCGAUGAUUUCAAGAGUGUCGGUGGAGAUGGAUGAGGAGGAGAAGGAGCAGGCUUUGUUCGGUCAUAGCGAGAGGAUGGCCAUUGCUUUCGGCAUCAUGAGAUUGGGGGCUAAUGUGCCGAUUCACAUUGUGAAGAACCUGAGGGUUUGUGAGGAUUGCCAUGAUGUUAUUAAGAUGAUUGCAAAGAUUUGGAGACGGGAUAUUGUGGUUAGGGACCGAAGCAGGUUCCACCACUUUCGACAUGGCGAGUGUUCUUGCAACGAUUUCUGGUGAGCGGCACAGUUUUGAAUCACAGUAGUUACAUUUGUAUCUUAGCUUAUAAAAUUUAGCCCCCGCUGUUUAUUAUGAGUGUUGCUGAUUUUUCCAAUUGAUCAUGAAGCUACUUCGUGUACUAUUUGGUAGGGUUUUUUUUUUCUCCAUGUAAAAUGCGGUACGUCAUCUUGAUAAUAACUGUAGGUUGAACUCUAUCAUGUACUUCUCAUCUGUUUCAACACUGCAAAGCUCCGUAAACUUAUGUACA